GACCGGGAAGAUGGGGUGAGCGGGGGCCCGGGCCGCAGAACCCAGCCCAGCCCAGGCCGGCCCAGCGGCGGGAUGUCGGCCCAGCAGGAGCGGACCCCGUCCCCUCUGCCCCCGGUGCCGGACUCCCCGGGCCCGGCGCCCCCGUCGCCCACCCCGUCGGAGGGCACCGCCCGGCAGCGGCUGCUGGACGAGUGGGGACCCCAGAGGGACCUGCCCGCCCCCCUGCCACCCCCGGGCCUCACCUGGCAGCUCCUCUACCUGCACCGCCCGCUCUACCGAAACCUGCUCCGGAGCCCCAACCCCGAGGGCAUCAACGUCUACGAGCCGGCGCCCCCCGCUCCCCGCAAUGCCCAGGCCGUGCCCCUCUCGUCUCUCGGUAAUUUUAAUGGCUGGGAGAUAAGCACCGAGAAGUUGCAGGCCAACUACAGCUGGACGGUCAAGCAGCAGUGCGUGGACCUGCUGGCCGAGGGCCUGUGGGAGGAGCUGCUGGACCGAUACCAACCGGACAUCACUGUCAUGGACUGGUACGAGGACAGCCAACUGGACGCGUCUGUGUACGAGCUGCACGUGCGGCUGUUGCAGGGGGACCGGCGGACCGUGGUGAAGGAAUACAACACCGCGCCCCGGACCAACCCCCGGGGCCCCCCAGGCUGCUGGCUGCAGGUCUCGCACGUCUUCAAAAAGUAUGGGCCGGGCGUCCGCUACGUCCACUUCCUCCACAAGACCAAAGACCACCAGGGUCCGGACGGUUUCCACCGGACCCGGGUGACCGACAGCUCCGUUUCCGUGCAGCUGAGGGAGUGAAGGUCCCCCACCCCCUUUCCCACCCCCUUUUGCUGCUAUUUCCACUGUAUCGAUCCUGAACAGGCCCUAAUCAAUAACCAGAAACCCCAACACCACCUCCUCCUCGCUCCCCUCUGGAACCUCUCAUUAAUUAAUUCAUUCAUUCAACCGUAUCACUUUGUACCCUCCCAAGCGCCUCAUACCGUACUCGUAGUAAGUGCUCAAUAAACUCAGUUGAUUGGUUUA